UUUGCUCACGUGACCGCCUAUUGACAGUCGAAAAAGUAGCAGAACUGGGCAAGAAAAUGUCCAAAUUCUUCGGUUAAAAUGACAUAAAGACACGAGUCAAGAGGUUGCCAGUGUCCUACUUGGCCGUAGGAAAAAACUGACCUCUAGUAAACCCUCUCAUCUGCCCUGCUCAAUCCAAAAUGGAGUCAGCGGCGCCCGCCACGCACCCCUUUGGCUGCGAGGCGGAAACUUCACUACGGGACCUCUUCGAUUACUUCAAGCGGUGCCUGAGGUGCGGCGAGUGGGAGCUGGCCAGCGCCUGUGUGCCGCAGCUGGUGGCGUCCAAAGGGGACAUCUCGGAGAAAGUGCGGGAGAUUAUCAAAGUGGCCGUGUGUCAUCCUUAUCGUUUCAAAUGGGAGCCUGUGAGCAGUCCACACAAGCUAGCUUGGUUUUGGCUGAAGGUUUUGGAGCAAUGCACUGAAGACCGGGUCUCUCCCAGUGUCCGAAGCAAGUUAGAGUUCCUGCUGCUGCUGGAACAUCUGUGCUCCGAGGGGAUCCAAGAGGUUCUUCUCCAGCAGUUGCAUGACGCGUUUGCGGGCACAAAUGUUUCAAGUUCGACUCAUGCCGCUGUGGAGCGUUGUCUGCAAACGUUACUGGAGAGGAAGAGACCCCGAGUGGCACAGUGCCUCACGUAUUUCUUGCAGCUACAGUCGAGCGUGGACGACUCAUCCCUGCAGCAGGUCUUCGUCCUCCACCUGCUGAGCAAACUCUCAAAGCCUGAGACGAGUUCCGAGACCCGAAACGAGUGGGUGGAGGAGAUCUACUCGGUGUUGGCUUCGAUGCCAUCGAAUCCGUCCACCGUUAGCGGCCAGUUGGAGGCGCUGUGCGAGACGCUGUGGGCAUCCAGAUGCGGACCCCUGAAGGAGGAGAUGAUCCUGAGCUCCCUGCUGCGGCCGCGGUGCGACGCGCUCGUCUCGGCGUACUGCUCGGCCGCGCUGAGGCUGCAGCGGGAUCGUCUGCUGAGGAGCGCGCCCGACACGCAAGCUCUCCUGCCCGAGUCGGAGAAGCUGGCUCUCAGUCUGUGUUGCCAUGACGAUCGUCCGUCCGCGUGGAAGAUGGUCUACUUUGAGUGCCUCAGCAGUGGGAAGCAUUUCCUGGAGCAGAUCUUGGUGACGGCGCUGGACCUGAUCAAACACGAGGAGUUCUCUCAGCUGAGGGACAUGUUGCGCUCCGAGUUGCAGCCGCUGUGUCGCCUUCUGCUGCUGCUGGGGUGGACGCAGUGUCGUAGUCUGGGCUCGGCUCGCACGCUGCUCCGCGUCCUCCAUCACCAGCAGAGGUCAGCAAAUGACUCAGUCCUGCAGGACUUUGCCAAUCUUUUGUCCUCCCAGCUUGGAAUACUCGAGUGGUGUAAAAACAACAACCCAGAUGUUUCCAAUGAGGCGUUGCUGGGCCAGCUGCACAGUCUGGACAAUCACUCGGCUCUCUACGUUCUACAUUCGCUGACUCCGCUGGCUCGCUUUGAAGAGCGCCGCGUUCUCGAUCUGCUCCAGCAAAGGCCAGAUCCUGCACAAAAUGACGCCGAGGCUGUUUUGAGUCCUUCGGCGCAGAGGAGCGUCUUUCUGUUCCGCGGCUUCUGCGCCAUGAAGUACGCCAUCUACGCUCUGUGCGUCAACGCGCACCAGAGCGUAGCUUGCGACCAGUGUCAAGCCAAGCGGCAGAAAGCGGCUUGGGAGGGGACGGACCCGAGCCUCGCCGCCACUUCGACAGGAGGUCGCCAGUCGCUUUUCGAGCACUACCUGUCUGAGUGCCAACUGUACUUGGAGGCUGUGCCCGCCAUGUUCCGCCUGGAGCUGCUGGAGAACAUCUUCUCACUGCUCUUCCUCUCCAGCGCCGACUUUUCUCCACAAAGCCCCAAAGACGUGACCAUAACUAACCCAGCGUCCUCUUCGCCGGAGGCUACCGAGGAGGAGGACCGCGCGGAUCUGGAUCUGGCCCACCUGGUCCGGGGCUGCGAGGGCUUCCUGGCGGAUGCGGCGGCUGUGGAGGGUAUCCUGAAGCUGCUCAAGGAGGGCCUGGAGGGACAGGAGACAGGGCGAGCGCUUCCCAGAGAGGCGGAGGUGGCCGAGAGCGUGGGUUGCUCGGUGGCGGCCGGGACCUUCGGCACCCGCCUGCAGAGGUUGUCCAAGCGCACGGCCGAGGCGCAGUGGAGGCUGCAGAUCAUCACCAGCAAUCGGAGCAGCGGAAGCAAGGUGGGAGGAGAUUGUUUGGACGCGGCGUCUGCUACCCACAGCUGGCUGAUCCCCGCCAUGUUGUCUCCUCCGGAGUCUCUACUCAAGUCCUGUAUCCGGCGCGGUAACUUCAUGGAGGCCCAUCAGGUGUCUCUGGUUUUCGACCUGGAGGCGUCGGCUUCCUGCGGCGAGCUGGCCUUCAUGGAGCGCUACACCGAAGUGCUGGUGGAGCUGGGACGGGUGGAGCAGAAGAUGGAGAGCCAGUCCAUGUCGUCGUCUUCCUCAUCUUCAGAGGGCUUGGGCUCGGGCCCCGCGGCAGCCGGGGCGGCGCGCUGCCGACUGGGAAGCAGCGGACUUUCCACCCUUCAGGCCAUCGGAAGCGCUGCGGCCGCAGGCGUGGCGUUCUACUCCAUCUCCGACAUAGCCGACCGCCUCCUCAGCACGCCUUCCCACCCUCUCCCGACCUUGCAGGAGGGCUACUGGACCAACCAGUCGGACUCAUCCGGGCUGGUGGCCACGCUACUGAAGGAGCUCAGCCCGACCGCCAUGGCUGCCUUUGACCUGGCGUGCUGCCACUGCCAACUGUGGAAGACGUCCCGGCAGCUGCUGGACACGGCCGAGCGUCGACUUAGCGGCAGUCUUGAGGCUCGUGGCGUGCGAGUGGACCCCAAAGAUCCUCGUCCUGAGAACAUCUGCGGAUUUCCUCUGGUUUUACAGCAGAUGAGCAAGAUUCUGAACCAUCCCACUUGCAAGGUUGCCGUGGGGGAGGAGCAAGUUUUGUCCAGCCCCUUUGGCUGCUGCAUCCAGGAAAUAUUGCUGUGUCGCCACCCCACGCUGAGCGAGGAGUGCAUCUCCGCCCGACUCGCUCUGAUGCAACGCUUAGCGAGCACCCUGCACUUCCUCAGCUCCGCGGCCAAUGUCUCCGAGGGCGGCUCAGCGUCAUCGAGCUCUCUGAUGGCGCUGCUGUCGGAGCAGGCCGGCUCGAAGGCGUCCGAGCUGGACGCUCACCCGGCGCGCUGCGGCAUCAAGCAGCUGCUCCGCUCCCUGGACCGGUUGUGCCCCUUCGAGCCCAACGGCGACCUGGCUAGGCCCGACUUUGUGCGCACCUUUCUGGACUACGUCGACACGCUGGCGGCCGUGCUGGUGCGCAGCCUCGGAUCCGAAGACCAGACAAGCGAGGUGAAGCUGGGGAAUCCGUUGCCGGUGUUGCUUCAAGCUCCUUCGCGGCUCCUCUCCUACCUGCUGUUUGAGCGACAGGUGUCACCUGACAGGCUGCUGUCGCUGCUGCGGGAGGCGGGGCUCGGCCUCAACGUCCAGCAGGUGAUCAUCCAGCGAUGCUGCAAGGUCCUGCACGUGGGGACGACAUUUCCAGACCAGGUCCAGGAUCCCAUUCAGGCUCGAAGAGACGAUGCGGUUUUCAGCGUGUCCGCUUUGACUUUGCUGCUCCGACGCCACGCCGGCAAGCACGCCUCCACGCUCGGCAUGACCGAGCUUACGUCCGACGCCGAGUCCGUCUCUUUGGACGACACCUCCACCUCGAGCUCCGCCUCCUCCGCCAACCCCUCACCACCGCCCACCUCCGCCCCAUCGUUUCUGCUCACGCCAUCCGCCCUGGCUUUUCUCAAGUCUCGCUCAUCCUUGGUGGCGGCUUUGGCGUGCCUGAGCGCGUCCAAAGGCGAGGGCGCCCGCUCUCAGCCCACAGGCUGGUCGGGAUACUUCCGCAGCGGUCGCAAGGAGGCGCUGCUAGAUGGCGAGCAGAUUUCGCGUGAGGCCGACACGCUCCUCCAGGACUUCCCCGUGCUCCGGUCCUACUUGAAUGCCAUGGCAGAACCCGUGCUGGGCCCCUCCUUCUCUGACGACGAGGGGCUCGGCGCACGGGUGUGCGGAAAGCCUCUGGUCGGACUCCUGCUGGCCGGACCUCGGGAGGAAGCCGCCAGGGGGGCUGCCGUUGACGCCUUCCAGCAGGCUCUAGCCUCCAAGGACGUGGACCGGGCGCUACGGCUGCUGGAGCUUUACGGGCCUGACUGUGGGCAGCAGGGGGAGCUAAGGGACCGCCUGCUUACUUGGGCUGCCUUAGAAGGCGAUGAGGAAGGCGUCGACCACCUAUUCCGCGUGCAGGACCCCAACCUGCGCGCCCGCGUGGCCCUGCAGGUCAUGGAGCGCUGGCCCCUCUCGGCUUGCGCGGAGCUUCUGGACUUCUGCCUGGACGAUGAGACGGAAGCCUCGCUCAGAGCCGACCUACUGCGGAAAAAGAAAGAGCUGGACAUCUACGGCCGAAUGUUAGCCUUACAGCCGCCACUGCCGUGGGUUACCUGGCAGGAAUUGAAGACAGAGUCAAAAGCUAACUCUGAAUCCAUGCUGACCCGGAUGCUGGAGGCCAAGGAGUUUUGGCUGUGUGCCCAGUGGGCCGAGCUUUACCCCGUCAGCGAGCAGUCGACACUGCAGCUGCAGACGGAGCAUCUGCUGCAUCUUCUGGACAAGGAACAGACAGAUGAGGCCUUCCAGCUUCUUGAGGGUCUCGCGGUUUGCGGCCUGGAUGUGUGCGAGCGUGCCCUGGACCGCCGUCCCGGCUUGGCCACCUGCCACUUUUUGGCCGACUACAUGACGCUGCACUUCCAGAGGCAGGUGUCACCGGCGCGCCGGCGCCACAUCCACACCCUCAACUUGGGCUCCAAGGUGUUGCUGGCUCUGCCGCCGCCCGCCCGCCAGGACUACUUCCCCCUGCUGCCAGAGCCCCUGCUGAUGCUGGAGCAGAUGCUCAUGAACCUGAAGGUGGACUGGGCCGACGCCACGGUACGCACCUUGAGAAACCUGUUGGCCGACCAGGAGGCGGGCUUCGGGCCGGACGCCGUCGACAGGCUCCUGUCCGAGUACGCCCGCAAGGCCUUGGAGUUCACGUGCGCGCCUCGAGAGAGGUCAAGAUCCGACUCUGUCAUCAGCCUGCAGGACGCCCUCACGCAGUGUCCCGCUCAAGAGAGCAGCACCUCCGGUCGUGUGGACUCUUCAACGCCCUCCUCCGCCAGCAGCACGCCCACGCACAGCUCCUCGACUCACAGCGGCGACAGAGAGCGGGACCGAGGCUCGGCGGGGAGGAAGCGGUCCUCGUCCGCCAAAUUCCAGCCGCCCGAACAGCCCCCGGACCGGAAGGACUGGGUCCCCGACACCAAGCAGCACGUGUGCAUGGUGUGCCGGCGCGAAAGGUUUACCAUGUUCAAUCGGCGGCAUCACUGUCGGCGUUGCGGCCGCCUGGUGUGUCAAGCUUGCUCGGAGCGCAAAAUGGCCAUCGAUGGAUGUCCCGGCGAGGAAGUCAGAGUAUGCGACCAGUGUUACACCUACUUUCACCCGGAUUCUGAUGACGAGCUGGAACCAAGUGAAGCGACGGGGAGCCCAACUUUGACGGAGGACGCUCUCGACGGCAUGUUGCACCUGCCUGAGAUUGCCCCCAGGCAGAUCAGGCUCUCCACGGAUCCCGACCAAAACCAGCAGCUGCGUCACGAGUUCUACUACGAGCAGGCACCCAGCGCCCACCUGUGCGUGGCCAUCUUGUCCCUGCACGGCGACCAGACGGCGUGCGGCCACCAGCUCAUCGACCACUGUCGCGCACUCUCCCGAAAGCUAACCAACCCGGAGGUGGACGCCUGCCUGCUGACCGACAUCAUGCGCCAGCUGCUCUUUAGCGCCAAGCUCAUGUUCGUCAAAGUGGGACGCAACCAGGACCUGGCCUUGUGCGACAGCUAUAUCGGCAAAGUGGACGUGCUUAAGAUUCUGGUGGCGGCCAAUUACAAACACAUUCCCUCCCUGGACGACAUCCUAGAGACGGUCGCCGUCACGCGGCUCCGAAACCAGCUCUUGGAAGCUGAGUAUUACCAGCUGGCCGUGGAGGUGUCCACCAAAAGCGGCCUGGACCCGGCCGCCGUGUGGCAAGCGUGGGCCAUGGCCUCGUUGAAGGCCGGGAGCCUGACGGCGGCACGGGAGAAGUUUGCACGCUGUCUGAAGGCCCCCGUGGACCGCAACCAGAUGAACUUGGGCCCCACGCUGCUGCAGGAGAUUGUCAAGCACCUAGAGAGCACCGUCAGACCCGUCACGGCCACGUCUUUGAGCGAGGACAUCUUGGCAUCGCUGCGUGAACUAGAGGAGGCCCUCAGCGAGAGGUCCGAGUAUCCGAGGAGCAUCCUCCACCGAGAGUGCCUCUACUACCUGAACGCGUACGCCACUCACCUGGCGCUGGUCAGCUUCCACAUGCGCCACGACGCCAUGGCCGAGGCCAUCUCCUACCUCCUCGCCAAGGACGCCCCGGACGAGGUGUUCCUGGAGGGCGUGCUGCAGCCGGCGCUGGAGCGAGGGCGUUUGGGGAUGCUGCAGGACGUCCUGGAGAAGCUAGACCCGGGCCUGGAGGCGUGCAGCCGCUACCUGAUUGCCUCCUGCCAGUGGCUGCAACGGCGUGGCUACUUCCACACCCUCUACCAGAUCCAGCAGUUCAUGAUGGAUCACGUGCGUGCGGCCAUGACCUGCAUCCGCUUCUUCACUCAUGGAGCCACUUCGUACCAGCAGCUGGGUGACCAACAGCGCUGGUUGGUGCGAGCCAAGGAGCACCUGAGGACGUACCUGCAGGAGCAGCAGUGUCGCGGCGUUGUCAGGAGGAAGCUGUCCCAAGGAAGCUCAUUCAGGAAGAUGAUGUCAUCAAGCGACGUCUCCAGGCACAUGAACACCAUCGAGCUGCAGCUGGAGGUGACUCGCUUCCUGCACCGUCGAGAGAUGCCCCCUGCCGCUGGGGCGGGACCUCCGCCCACCUUAUUUGGAGGCAGCCCCAUGAAGGUGGAGGUAGCCUGCAAGGUGAUGCUCGGGGGUAAAAAUAUCGAGGAAGGUUUUGGCAUUGCGUACCGAGUCAUACAGGACUUCCAGCUGGAAGCGCAGGCGGUGUACGUGCGCGCCGGACAGCGCCUGGUCCGCCACCGGAAAUUCGGAGCAGUGCGCCAGUUGCUCAAAUGCGUCGGCGAGUCGGGCACGGCCACCAAGAGCGACGGCGACGCGCUGGUCCUCAGCUGCGUGGAGGCGGCGGAUAAGGGAGCGGCCGACGCUAAAGAAGUGGAAAGUCUCAUUUUGGAGACCAAGAGCACAGAAAUGAAGAUCAAAGCCUACCUGCUGUGCAACAAACUGCGCCCGGCCUACUUGCUGGCCGUCAAAAUGGAGGCGAGCAGGGCCGGCCCGCUGGUGCAGAAGGUACUGCGGGCGGCCGAGGGGGCUCAGGACUCAGUGAUGCAGAACAUCUGCCGCCAGUGGCUGCAGGAGCACCACCAGCAAGGCAACGGCAAGCAACGAGCGGGACCGGGACGACCCAACAACCAGGCCAGAUAACUCUUGAUGAAAGAGUAGUGACUGUAUUAACUAUAAAAAAACAAAAAAGUCAUUACGUACUCAACUAUGUGAGCACUGUUACGUAACAACACUGCCUUUUGCAGUGCACUUGAGGCACUGAUGUGAACCACAAUCAAUCUCUACCUCAUCUAAAAAAGGGAAGAAAAUAUUGUCUCAAUUUGCCUUAAAAAACUUUUGACCAAUACAGUGUGUGGACAUAAGUAUUGGGACACCUACAGGAAGCUCAGUGUGAAGACUUCCUACAAGAUCCCCAGAAGUCAUACGUGAGGAUCCGCAAGAAGUUUGGAGGGGGAAAAAAAAAAUGUUGGUGACCCGUAAAUUAAUUCAUUCGUGGAGAGGUGCGUCCCAUUACUUUUGUCCAUAUGGCCAUGUCAAGUUUUAAAGUGUUUCUGAGAAUAUUGAAGAUGCAGCAGGGACUUGCUCUGAGAUGAUACUGUGGAUCAAUUUUAUUUCUAAUUUCUUCUUAUGAAGAAUUUUUCUUUGAUUUGUCUCUGUUUUUAUGUCUCUCCUGUGGUGAUCAUAUUUCGAAUUUCCGUUGCAUUUUUAAAUGAUUUUUCACGUCAACAACUGACUUAGUAAUUUCACUUCAAAAGGGAUUUUGUUUUCCUCCUUUUUUUUGCUGCCUUUUACUCGUGUCAAGAAAAAGCCACAUUUGAGAUGCAUCUGAGACGUACUUGCACUCUUCAUCUGCUCACUGAUGCACUUUAAAUUCCAAGUGAUUACAAAUCAUAAUCCUCUGCUGAUACACUUGUACAAAUGAUGAUGAUGCACACACGUGAUUUUUCUAAUUUUGUUUUGUUACGCUGGAUAAUUACGCUGAAUAAUAAUAAAAAAUGACCCACAAUUUGGUAAA